CAAUCAGCUGUCAUUGUCCAACACUGAAAAACCCAAAGAGACAGGAAAUAUCGUAAACAAAAAAAGUCGUCGUAUUUCAUUACUUAUUAAGAAUUAAUAGGACAUUGCAUAUUUUUUACAUUAAAAGUAUUAAGAAGUAAGAAAAAAAAACAUGGAACAGCAACUAGAGAGAGCUUUAAAUGAAAUCAAUUCACAGCCAGAUACUGUGGGAUGUCUGAUAACCAAUCGUCAGGGCCUUUGUCUAGGAGCUGCUGGUAAAAUUAAUCCCAAAAUGUCUGGUGUUGGUAUGGCCUUAUCAGAGCAAGUGUGUAAAUUGGAACCCAACCUAAACCCACCCACUAUUGUACUGUAUAGUGGGAAUAAACGUUGUAUUAUCCAAAAGGAUGGCGAAAUAACUGGCAUUAUUUAUAAAGACAGUUCUAAUUAGUUCUAAUGAAUUAGAAAACUCUAAACAGUCCCGUAGAUAUACAUGAAGGGGUAUGAAUUCGCUGAAUUGCAACAAAUAUCUUUUAUGCAUAUUUUUGCCAUUUUGAGAUAACAAACGGAAAAACAAAACAGUGUAUCAGGUCAAACAACCACAACGUGCUAAAUGUGCCGCGUUAGUAGUACUUUGGACGAAUGUCUCAAUCAUUCAUGCUUCCAUUUGUGAUUAAAUGUUAAUUAUAUGAAAUAUAUAUAAAUUUAGUUUACAUACGUACUACUUCUACUUCUAAAAUAUGUAGAUUUAAGAUUAAUUUUUUUCAUUAUAUGCAUAAGCAAAACUCAAAUUUAAAAUUUUUUUGCAUCUAUACAAAAUUUGUAUAAAACUAUUUCCGAAUCAAAUAAAAACCUAAGUAGGAAAACAAGCAAAUGUGAUUUUUAAUAAAAAAAGGUUUAAAAAUGAUUUAAA